AUGUCGUACGCAGCAGAUUCCAGGGCCUCCCAGGGCGAUGACAAAAACGAGAACCCUGGUAUCGUGACCAGCGACUCUCUCGCCGCUGAGUCGGUCCAGGAAGGCGGCAGCUUCGGCGCCAAUUCUGAUGACAGAGGCGUGAUAAGCCAGGGCUCGAAGGGAUCGACUGCAAGCAACACCAACACUUCAGGCGCAAGGACAAUUGAUCCUGCGACGUCUAGGAGUGAGAGGGAUGCCGAGGACGAGACUUCCGGCCACCAAUCCGGGGCCUCUGAUUUGACAGGUUCACAAGGUCUUGGUAGCUCGGCUGGAGGUGUCAUAUACAGCUCUGUCGGAAGCGGCAACAACACUGGCAGUAGUGGCAACACUGGCUCUGCACAGAACACAUCGGGUUUCAACAACAGCUCCUCAGGCGUAAACGAGAACUCGAGGCCAAAGGGAGCGAACAUUUCCGAAGGUGGAUUUGACUCUGACGCACCCAACGCCAGCUUUACGGACGAUAUCGGAGGCAAGAAUGAUCCCGGUCGAGCUGCGCUGGGCAAAAUGGAAGCUGCGAAUGAGCCGGGUAGCGGUGGUACUGGGCCGAGACAAUUUGGUGCUGUGUCGAACGAUGGACAGUUCGACAGCUUGGGCGAUACUAGCGCUUAG